AAAAAAAUCCUACAGAAAAUAUUCUUAAAAGGGAAUUUUGGGAACUAGACUUCCAGGAAAAGAAAGGUCAAAUUUCAGGCAUGAUGGAUGUACAGGAAUAUGGAAUCUAUUGUUUUGGAAUAAUCAAUAAAGUGUUUUUACCUGCAUCAAUGCAAGAGUUGUCAGCAUAUGAGUCAGUUUAUGUGAUGGCAUUCCUUAGAGCAUCGAUUGAGCAAUCUUACAGAUUAUUGCUUGGAUCUCAAAGUUAA